CGAGACUACUCACUCCACGACCAUGAGCACCGACAACUUGCCAGAGUCGAACGAGGAGUACGGCACGAGAGAGUACUGGGAGAAGCGGUAUGCGGCCGAGCCGGAGGGCCACCACUUCGACUGGAUUCUCAAGCCUGAUUACCUGCUUGGCCUGGUGCGCGAGCUCACGACCGAACGGGGGACAGAUACGCGCAUGCUCAUGCUCGGAUGCGGGAACAGCUUGUUGUCAGAAGUGCUGUACGAUGCGGGAUACACCAACAUUGUGAACAUCGACUACUCGGCGGUUGUGAUCCAGCAGAUGAAGGAGCGUCACGCCGAGAAACGGCCUCUGAUGACCUGGCUCGAGAUGGACGUCACAGACCUCCAGUUUGAGGAGGAGUUUGACGUGGUCAUUGACAAGGCGACGAUGGACGCCAUGCUCACGACCAAGGGCGACCCAUGGAAUCCCCCGGAAAAGGACAUCUACAAUGCAACGAAGGAGGUCGACGAGGGCCUCCGAGUACUGCGCAAGCGUGCUGGGUCCAAGUUCAUCUACUGGACCUGGUUCGCUGGGCCGUUCCGGAGACGCUACUUUGAGAACCGCGACGGGUGGAAGUUCAACACACAGCAAGUAGGCCCUCCCGAAGGCUUCGAGUACUACCAGUACGUGCUCGAGUAUGACGGGUGAGACGGUGGCCAAGAUAUCGAUAUCUACAGUGUACAACGGCCGUACAGGCAUGUAGGACUACAACUCUACUCUAGCGGCUUGGGGGCUCCGAGACGGCGUCCCACUCCGAGUCGGCGCCGGCCUCGGAGCGCCACUCGUCCUCGGUCCACGACGAGACGGAGAGGACGUCGUCGGGGCGCGGAGAGUGGGUGGAUGUCGGGGCUGAUUGGCGGUGCGUGGAGUUGGGCGCCGGGAACGUCAGGUCCGAGCCGAGCAUGCUCGCCGCGACCGGGGUCACGGGCGACGGGAAGGCGAGCUCGCUGCCUGCCAUGACGGGCGAGAGAGGGCGAGAGGCACCGCGCGAGGCAACCGAGCCGGUCGCGUUCGGCGACAGCGAACCCGGAGUGUAGCUCUCCGCAUCGAUGUAGCUCGUG